GCGGCGGGCGGCCGGGGCAACCGGCGGCGCGGGAGGGCCGCCAGGGGGUGCCGGCGCGGGCCCCGCUAGCUGCCCUCCGCCUCAGGCGGGGCCAUGGCAGCGGGCGAGCGGGCGGCGGAGCCGCUGGCGGAGCUCAGCCACUACGUGGUGGCGCGGCCCAUCUACAGCGAGGCGGGCUUCCAGGACGAGAACGAGCGGCACCCGCCGCUGCCGCCGACGCUCCGCGAGCGGGCGCAGGCCGCCUGCAGAUGUUCGAGAAAAAGGGCCUUUCAGGUUGCUAAGUCCUUCCUGCCCAUUCUGGAGUGGCUGCCCAACUACCGGGUGAAGGAGUGGCUGAUCAGCGACAUCAUCUCGGGGGUCAGCACCGGCCUCGUUGCCACCUUGCAAGGUUUGGCAUAUGCUUUGCUGGCUGCAGUUCCUGUUGGAUAUGGUCUCUAUUCUGCCUUUUUUCCCAUCCUGACGUACUUUUUCCUGGGAACAUCAAGACACAUCUCAGUUGGUCCUUUCCCUGUAGUCAGUUUGAUGGUGGGAUCUGUUGUAUUGAGCAUGGCCCCUGAUGAUAAUUUUCUCAUAGGCAGUAGUAAUGCUACAGGGACUAAUGUUACUGGGACACUGAUAGACACUGAAUCCCGAGAUGCACAGAGAGUGCUGAUUGCUAGUACACUCACAUUUCUGGUUGGAAUUUUACAGGUAAUAUUUGGAGUCCUUCAGAUUGGUUUCAUUGUGAGAUACCUUGCAGACCCACUCGUUGGGGGAUUCACAACUGCAGCUGCUUUUCAAGUGUUUGUGUCACAAUUGAAAAUAGUCCUAAAUGUUUCAACAAAAAACUAUAACGGUGUCCUUUCCAUAAUAUAUACUCUUAUUGAAACAUUUGAAAAAAUUGGGACCACCAACAUCGCAGAUCUUGUUGCUGGACUCCUCACCAUUGUUAUCUGCAUGGUAGUUAAAGAAAUAAACGAUCGGUUCAAACACAAGAUACCUAUACCUAUACCAAUAGAAGUUAUUGUGACAAUAGUAGCCACUGGUAUUUCAUAUGCUGCUGACUUCGAGAAAAAAUACAAUGCAGGCAUUGUUAAGAGCAUUCCAAGAGGAUUUUUGCCUCCUGAACCUCCAGAUGUCAGCCUGUUUUCCCAGAUGAUAGCAGCCUCCUUUUCUAUUGCUAUUGUUGCUUAUGCUAUUGCCGUAUCUGUGGGGAAAGUAUAUGCAACCAAGUAUGACUACACUGUUGAUGGAAACCAGGAAUUUAUUGCUUUUGGGAUCAGCAACAUUUUUUCAGGUGCCUUUUCUUGUUUUGUUGCAACUACUGCUCUUUCACGGACUGCAGUCCAGGAAAGUACAGGUGGAAAGACUCAGGUUGCUGGUAUAAUCUCAGCUGGGAUUGUUUUGAUUGCCAUUGUUGCCCUGGGAAAAUUGCUAGAGCCCUUACAAAAGUCUGUGUUGGCAGCUGUAGUCAUAGCUAACUUGAAAGGAAUGUUCAUGCAGGUGUUUGACGUUCCUCGUCUGUGGAGACAGAAUAAAGUGGAUGCUGUGAUCUGGGUUUUCACAUGUGUAGCAUCCAUCAUUCUGGGACUUGAUUUGGGAUUACUUGCUGGCCUUUUGUUUGGAUUGCUGACAGUUGUGCUGAGAGUUCAGUUUCCUUCAUGGGGUGGCUUUGGAAACAUUCCUGGCACAGACAUCUACAAGAAGGUCAAGGACUACAAAAAUGUUAUAGAACCAGAAGGUGUGAAGAUUCUCAGGUUCUCAAGUCCAAUUUUUUAUGCUAACAUUGAUGGACUGAAAAGCAGCCUCAAAUCCACAGUGGGAUUUGAUGCAGUCAAGGUAUAUAAUAAGAGACUCAAAGCACUGAGGAAGAUACAAAAGCUAAUCAAGAAGGGGAAAUUAAAGGCUACUAAGAAUGGCAUCAUCAGUGAGCCUGGUGUUAAUAAUGAAGCUUUUGAGACUGAUGAGGAACCUGAAGACAACCAAGAUCUUCAAGUUCCCACCAAAGAAGUAGAGAUCCAGGUGGACUGGAAUUCAGAACUCCCAGUCAAAGUAAACAUCCCCAAGGUGCCCAUCCACAGUAUCAUUCUUGAUUUUGGAGCAGUAACCUUCUUGGAUAUUGUGGCUGUGAGAUCAAUAAAAACGAUAAUUCGGGAGUUUGAGAGAAUUGAUGUGAGGGUGUACUUUGCUUCAUAUCAAGACAACCUUAUAUCUCAACUGGAACGGAGUGCCUUCUUUGAUGACACUGUCAGGAAAGACAUAUUCUUCUUGACUGUCCAUGAUGCUGUGCUCUAUAUAAGGAAUCAAAUGACAUACAGUGAAAACCAGGAUCCUAUAUUUGAAAAGAUUUCACUCAUGCAGGAGUCUAAACAGUCCAUAGAAUUCACAGAAACAAACCGGCCUGAUGAUGAACUUGAUGUUCAGGAAGAGGCUAUGCGCAGACUUGCUUCAUGAAGAUGGGCUGCUGGUAUUGUCCUACCUGUGAACUCCCAGUAUUUAUCCUCCAGUACUAUAUAAGCAUUUUCUGCAAUGAAACCAAUCUUUGCACUUCAAGAAAAAUCUGAUCGUUUGUGUGAAUGAUACAGAUCUCUAGAAAACUAUGAAUUUUAGCUCACAUUAUCCUGGAAAUAUUUGGACCUUGAUUCAGCAAGCACUUUCCCAUAUGAUGUAUUGAUGAAAAAAAUGAGAAGACCAUUACAAAAGAUGUACUCAGUUUUGCGACUAGUCAGACAGAAGGUGCAUUACAGUGUUUAUCAGUGUGAACAGGAUGAAAAAACUGCUUUGUGGUCUGCCCAGGAGAAUUGAAAGGACCAAAAUCUUUGGAUGGCAAGCUUUUUGCUCUGUAUUUGUACCACACCUAAUGAGAAAGCAGGAAUUCUAGCUGGCCAAGGCUUUGGAUUCUUGAACAUUAGUGUGAGCAUACCUACUGACAAGUCUUGAUAAUGUUUUCUGAGCAAUUCCUUAAGUUGCUGCAGGCUGUUUGACAGCUGAAAUGGGCAACAGAUGAAACAGUCACAAAAACAGAAAACAACAUUGAACUACUAUAAAACUUUAAACAGGAUUAAGUAACCUUUGAAUACAGGUUCAUUAGUUCUGUAUUAGUCCCAUUAUAGAAAUAUUUGCACUACUAUUAAUGAUCAUCCCUAAAACAAAGUAUACACAGAAGAUUAUUUUGGUUAUGUAUCUUUCAUUAAGAGGCAGAUCACGACAUAAAUUAAGGAAACCCUUAGUCCCCAGGUACUUAAUGGAAUCUGUAGAACAGGCUGCUACUGAGUGCAAGUGAGAAAGUCAAAACAUGACCGAGUAUAGAAGUUUGUGGGUCUAUUUUUAAAUGGAAUAGAGGAUUUUAUUUAGUUUAAUAGUUAUAUUUUUAUAUAGCAUAUUUUUUCUUUUAAUCGUCUACAUUAAACUGCUGCUGUUCUUUUAUGUUUCACGGUCCAUAAUGCACAAGUGCAAUAAUUUACAAAAGGAUUUGACUUGCAAAACUUUAAUCCUUACUUUAGGGCUACAUAAAAAAUACAUGUAGGAAAUCAAUGUUCUUACUUUUAAUAAAGAAGAAACGCUUUUUGAUGGAAAACAGACUGCUACCUUUAUUUUUUUUAGCACUAUAUUAAUUUUUUAAAUGCAGAAACCCUUGCAUGGUUAGGGAACAGAUAGUAAGAAAAGUAUAAGAAACAUCCAGGUAUAAAAUCCCUUUUAAGUUUCACAAUGUGGGCUGACUGGUUUCAAUAUGUUCACAUAUUUAAAUCUCCUUAUUUGAUUACAUCAGCAAAAUUUUCAUAUAUCCCACUGCACAGAGAAGAUUUUUGCUGCAAGUAAUGUUAGCAAAGACUCUCGGGUGAAAAGCUAAGCACUACAUAAAUGAUUCCUUAAGGACCUAAGUGAACUCCAUCAAAAUCAGUGAAAAAAAGAAAAUCCAAUAAACUCUGUCAGUAAGUAUCUUAGAGAGUAGGUAACAGCACCAGACUGACAUCUGUAUUCUCUAAUUGACAUAAAAACUUCAGCCUUCAUGACAAUGAAGUUUCUCAUUUCAAAUGCAAUACAGGAUUGAAUUGAGGUGAUACUGAUAUUCCAGUCUAAGCCUGCGAGAUUCAGGUCUGUAUUCAGAGACACAUGCUAUUUGCAUGUCUGCAGGCACCUCCACAAGCUGAUAAUGUGGCAAACCAGGCUGAUGUGCACCUCCUCAGAUGGAAACAUUAAUUUCUCUUUACACUAACGCUUAGGCUCAGCUGUUCUUAUUUGACAGGUCACACUUUUAGCACUGCCUGUUCUCUCCCUUUCCAUUCAUCAGCCUAAUGCAGGAGGUUGGCACUUCUGCCCACGUUAGUGACAAAACUUCCCUGCCAGGCCAUGGCCCCAGCUAAAAUUAACCUGAACAUAAGUUACUGCUGCCAGCGCACAAGGCCAGAAACAGUGGGACAAAGCCAGACACGUUUUUCUGAGCCUGUACUGCUUUUCUAAAGUGGAUGUACAUUCCAUGUAAAAAUACUUUGCCUGGGACUGAUAAAGUGAGCUUUCAGCUCAUUUUUGUGACGAACACACACUAUGGAAAAGAUGCAAGUGGAAUUGUUUUUUCCUUAAGAGAACAUCUGCACUGUGGAGUUUGAGUGUAAAUCCUUACUUGACAGAGAUAUGGGCUUACACUAUUUUUUGAACCUUCUCCAGUUCUUGUCCCUACAGGUAUUUAUAAAAAGCAAUUAAAUAACUGUCUUCCAGUUUUCUUUCCAAAUGCAACACUUCAGCUGGAAUUAAUUAUGAUAAAACACCAUUCGAUGCACUUAUUCUUGGCCCCCAUAUUUCUUCCAGGCAUGGUUGUAUUUGUUCUUAAUUUGUCAAAAAAACAGCAUUUCACACAAAGCCUACAGUUACAUAGAAUGGUACAAUGUGACAUACAGAAGGCAUUAAAAUGUCUUUCACAGUGCUUUGGGGGUAUGCGCGUCUUAAUUUUCUACCUAUGUAUCCCUCAAAAUGAUGGAUACCAAAAUAAUGGAUUUUGCAGUGAAGCUAAAAUUCUCCACAAUUUUGUACUAACAUCUGUGAGUAAUGAAACUAGAUGUGCUCAUGUUGUUCCAGUACAAUGAAGAAGUGAUACUUUGGUAUGCAUUUUGAGCAUUCCCUGCAUGCCAGGUAUUAAAUUUGGACAUGUAUUUUAAGUUUUUUACCUUUAUAAACCCGUGUUUUAAUAGUAAUUGUAUCCAUUAACUAGAAAAUAAAGUUGUACAUUCUGAAAACAU